CCUGAGGGAUGCCGCGUAUAAAGAGCUGCUGUCGCCACACGAGCUGCAACCGACUGUCUCUCAGGCUGCUGUCGCCACACGAGCUGCAACCGACUGUCUCUCAGGCUGCUGUCGCCACACGAGCUGCAACCGGCUGUCUCUCAGGCUGCUGUCGCCACACGAGCUGCAACCGACUGUCUCUCAGGCUGCUGUCGCCACACGAGCUGCAACCGACUGUCUCUCAGGCUGCUGUCGCCACACGAGCUGCAACCGACUGUCUCUCAGGCUGCUGUCGCCACACGAGCUGCAACCGGCUGUCUCUCAGGCUGCUGUCGCCACACGAGCUGCAACCGACUGUCUCUCAGGCUGCUGUCGCCACACGAGCUGCAACCGACUGUCUCUCAGGCUGCUGUCCAGGAGCUUCGGGACGCAUCUUGAACCGCAGUUCCUGUCAGUGUGAUCUGUGUGAAGCAUUAGCCUCAUCAUCAUCAUCAUCAUCAUCAACAACAACAGCAUCAGCAUCAUGAUAAUCAGCAUUGCACUGAUCUGGGCAGUGGUGGUGGGAUUCUGCUGCCUUCUCUGGCUCGCUGUGGGGAUUCGGCACAGGCUACCCGGUGAGCCCGUGGUGGAGAACGGCUUCAUCCCCUACCUGGGUUGUGCUCUGCAGUUCGGGGCCAACCCUCUUCAGUUCCUCCGCAGCCGCCAGAAGAAGUACGGGCACAUUUUCACCUGCAAGAUCGCAGGCCAGUUCAUCCACUUCCUGUGUGACCCCUUCUCUUACCAUUCAGUCAUCAAACAGGGGAGGCACCUGGACUGGAGGAGGUUCCACUUUGCUACAUCUGUUAAGGCGUUCGGCCACGAUAGCUUUGACCCUCGCCACGGGCACACCACCGAGAACCUUCACCAAACCUUCCUGAAGACCCUGCAGGGGGAGGCGUUGCCCUCCUUGAUCAAGUCCAUGAUGGGCCACCUGCAGGACGUCAUGCUGCGGUCGGACACACUCAGCCCCAGCAAGGACCACUGGGAGGUGGACGGCAUAUUUGCCUUCUGCUACAAGGUGAUGUUUGAGUCUGGCUACCUGACUCUGUUUGGUAAGGAGCUUGGUGAGGACCGGCGCCAGGCCAGGGAGGCGGCUCAGAAAGCCCUGGUGCUCAACGCUUUGGAGAACUUCAAAGAGUUUGACAAGAUCUUCCCGGCAUUGGUGGCCGGCCUGCCCAUCCAUGUCUUCAAGAGUGCCUACAGUGCCAGAGAGAAUCUGGCAAAAACCAUGCACGCCGAAAACUUGUCCAAGAGGGAGAACAUGUCUGAUCUGAUCUCCAUGAGGAUGAUCCUGAACGAUUCCUUAUCUACCUUCAAUGACCUGAGCAAGGCCCGGACCCACGUGGCUCUGCUCUGGGCCUCACAGGCCAACACCCUGCCGGCCACCUUCUGGAGUCUCUUUUAUAUGAUCAGGAGUCCCGACGCUAUGAAACAAGCUCGCCAGGAAGUGCAGCAUAUCCUGGAGGCCUCGGGGCUGACGGUCGACCCGGGCGACCCGACCCUGACCCUGACCCGGGAGCAGCUGGACAACAUGCCUGUGAUGGACAGCGUCAUCAAAGAGGCCAUGCGUCUGUCCAGCGCCUCCAUGAACGUCCGCGUGGCCAAGGAGGACUUCCUGCUGCACCUGGACAACCAGGAGGCCUACCGCAUCAGGAAGGAUGACGUCAUCGCUCUGUACCCACCGAUGCUGCACUACGACCCCGAGAUCUACGAGGACCCCGACGAGUUUAAGUUUGACCGUUUCCUGGAGGGGGGUCAGGAGAAGCCCAUGUUCUUCCGCGGCGGCCGGCGGCUGCGUUACUUCAACAUGCCCUUUGGCUCUGGAGUCACUAAAUGCCCGGGCCGGUUCUUCGCGUUGUAUGAGAUCAAGCUGUUCUUGACUCUGGUGUUGUGCUACUUUGAGAUGGAACUAUUGGACCCUGCGGUCAAAGUCCCGCCUCUUGACCAAUCCCGUGCCGGCCUGGGAAUCCUCCAGCCCACCUAUGAUGUGGACUUCAGGUAUAAGCUGAAGUCACACUACUAGGCAGGAAGGCCGCAGUGCAUCGUGUACAUAGUGUAUAUUUAACUGUGUUAAUGAAGAAGCUUGUUCUGUACAUAUGAAUAGACUGGAUUCUAUUGUUGUGUUCAUUUAAUUUGUCAUUGUGCACAUGUCCUCCGUGUCUGGAGAACGUGGAGACGCCCAGAGCUGAAGUGUUGAGCUGCAUCUUCAAUCCCUGCAGAUGGACCCAGAGUGUAAACAAUAAAAGUGGUUUUGCGUGUUGGCCGAUUCAGCCGA